AACAGAGGUGCGCAUGCGUAUGUUGCUAAUGCAAUGGGCAAAGACAGGUUGGGACUGGAGGUCUUUGACAUGCUCGAUACUACUCUAUGUGGUUUCAUCACCGCAGAGCAGGUGCAUACUUAUUACGAGAGCGCCAACGUAACUCAAAUCCCUUUGUAUGUGGUGAUAUCCGCUUUGCAUCACGUGUGUGGAUUUGAUGUCGAGGAAUGCAGGCGAGAUCAGUUUUCGAUGCUAUUGGCUGAGAUCAGACGUCGUCAGCAAGUCAGAGAUCAAAUAUUCUGGGAUUUCAAAGCGCUGGAUAUUAGAAAUCAAGGCAGAGUGUCUUUGAAAAAUGCUCUCUUUCUCUUCAAGGCGACUUUCCAGGAAGAUUUCAGUCUGAAAAUGUGGGACGUGUUUUUGUCAAAUAGAAUAGACCAAAAUGCUGAUGUCAGUUUGGUUGAAUUAGAGGCGGCUGUGCUUGACCCUCCAGUGUAUGGACAGCCUUCUUCAAUGGAAGAUCUCUACAGCAAAGAAGCUGAAUUGGAUGCUCAAACACUCAAGAGAGAUUUCACAGAAUAUUCAAUGUUAAUGGGUCUGCAGAGAGAUGUGGAUGCUGAAGAGGAAAAGAUGAGGGAGUGGAAACGAUCGACGGUACGAGAGUCCAGAAGAAAAGUGAAGCAAAUCGAGAAAUAUGGUCUGGAUGGCAUUUUGAUGACAAGAAGUCAGAUGAUAAUUGAUGAUUUUGACACAGAAGAUACACCAGAAAAACAAAAAGAAAGAGAUUUGAAUAAUAUUGAAGUUAGAUAUGACAAUGCAAAGGGACGACUUUUAUGGGAGAUGCUUCGUCUGAAAGUAGGAGAAGUCGAAUGGGCUGCAAUGUCAGCAGAAGAAAAGCAAGCACGACUAACCAAAUUGAGGGCAAACGAAAAGAAGAUGCUCAGAGAUGGCUGUAUUGAUCAGAUUGGCUGUCUUCUAGGUGACCCGGUAUCAUUUGUGGUUGAUAUGAAUAGUCUGCUAGGACCAGAUCAAAAACAAUACGAUGUGAUCAUGAAAGAGAAAAUAUCACAGAGGAGACGAAAGCUAGCAGCAGGACAGCGAUUGGAUCCUGAAGAAAGAGAGCAAAAGAGUGAUGACAUAUUUAUUGCAUUACAGCUUCGAUAUGAUCAAGAAAAGGCAGCUGUAAUUUCUAGAUACUUACAGCAACGAGGCGAUCCUGACAAGGUUAAUGAAUUAACAAUUAAGGAAGCCCUGGAAAGGAAAUAUUCAACUCUAGAAGACAAACUAUUUGCGUCAGCCUUGCAAGAAGGAAUGGGAGAAGUCGAGUGGGAUAUAAUGACAUCAGAGCAGAAGGAGGCGAAGAAAGUGAAGUUGAGGCUCCAACUCAAUCAUGAAAGGAACAGUGGCAAGGACAACGAAUUACUGAAUCCUAUCGUUGGAGACAAAUGCUCUAAACAGUCAAGGAUCGAUCUGCUGUUUGGUGAUGUGGAGGGUCAUGAAGACAUGCAGUUUCCAAAGGAGUGUAGUGUACGAAAGACAUUCGUAGACCUACAGAAAAGAAAGGAACUAGAAUGGCAACAACUGGAGACAGACUUUAAGCAGCAGACAGCACAGAAAGAUCGGCAGUUGCAGCUGAUGUGCCUUUUGUUGGCAAGAGAAUUUGCUUGUUGCGAAACUAGCUUUCAUCGUGCGGUCAUAGUAGCUGGUCUUUGUGAGCAACUUGGAUCAUCUGACAGGUCUGCUUGGCAUGAUGAACUAGCAGCUGAUCGAGAGAGGGCACGUCGUACCGGCAAUGAUGUGUUGCACGUUGCAGCUGACUCUGGCCUCAUGGUUGACAAUAGCGGGUUGUUAUCCAUCCAAGAGAGGAUUAUUAAAGAGCUCAUUAGAAAGCAUGUUGAAGAGGUUGCUGUUCUGUUUCGGAUGGCAGCAGAUCCUACUGUGCAGCAGAUGACAAGGAAUUUGAAGAAAGUCGAACCAAAAGAAAGACAGCAGAGAAAAGUUAGGAUUUUAAAUGAAAGAUUGACGUGGAGACUAGAAGGAACAACAAGCUCACACGUAUUGGGAACUAAUCAAAUGCAAAGUUUAGAGGCAACUCUGAGUCUUCGUUCUGUGGUAAUUUACAGCAAGCUGGCUGAACAGCAAGACUCUGCAUUUGACCCAAUAACGCACUCAUCAGUGAUCACAUCCAUUCUAAUUGAACUACAGUCCCGACAUCUAGAGGAAGCACAUGAAAUACUACAAGCAAUGCUUGGAAAGGGAAGAACACAGUUGUUUCGACUUUUGGAGACUGAAAAACAACUUUGUUCUGGUGGUUACUAUGACAACCUGGCACGUGUUUUGCUACAUACUGAAGGCACAGAGUUGGAAGCAGCUGCUGAUGAAGUAGAGACUGAAGAGAGUGGAGACAGUGAAGGGGAAGAAGCAGGUAUUGUUGAACUGACCAAAGAAGAUGAACUAAAGAUGAUGCAGGAGUUGGAGAGCAAGUUCCUUAAAGAGAAAGCACAGCUUUUGCAUGUACUAAUAGACAAAGAUCGGUGGACACGGUUAAGCCCAGAAAGGCCAAUGUCGGCAUCAUUACAGAAACGAAUCUCAGAGUUCAAGAUGAGGCGCAUGACUGAGGAACCGAGUACUCUGUCUGACACAGAGAUGAGUUCAAGGCAUCGUGAACGAGUAGAAUCAGCCAAGAAACAAACAAGCAUGAGAAUGAAACUAUUGCAAAGACGCAAGCGUGAAGAGAAACAGAAUCGAGUUGUAGACAGUGACAAGUCAUCUGACAGUGAGGACUCAAGUAAAGCAGCCAAGCAUAGCUCAUUGAUCGAUGACAUUCCGAGUGGAACUCAACUAAUGUUAGACAACCAAGAGGCAAAGUCAAAGAUGAAAGAACUGGAAAGAUUGUUUGAGCUGAAAAGACAGGCACUUGUUGAGGGCAUUCAGAAGCAUGAACAGAAAGCACGAGAGGUGAAGAAAUCAGGCAACAGCACAAGCAGUUUGGAAAAAGAUGGAUCUCUUCCUCAAAGUUUAAGCAGAAGCAAGUUGCGUCGGAAGCAAAGGACACUCACACAGCUGCAAAACGAGGCAGAAUUGUUGGCACAUCGUGCUUUUGUUCAAGAGACUCUACUGGACAAAGACAAGGCAAUACCUGAAAAUACAGAGUUGCAGACACAGACAAUUGUCUCAAGGACAUCAUCUACAAGUGUUGUCCCCACUGUCCAUGUAACAGGAGCCGUUGAACUACUAGAUCCUGCACAACAGCAAGAAAUAGCAGGGAGUCUUGUAACACAAGCAACAACUCAUGACAAGAGCGUUGAAGAAGAGAAAUUGCGACAGAAAGAAAUUGUGAAGAAUCGUCUACAGCACUUGAAGAACAGACGAAAGUCUGAACUAACACUGGUUCUCGAUGCAGGACAGCGACAGAAAGAACAACUAGAGAAGAAAAUGAAGGAAAGAGUGAAGUACAUUCGUUUUCCCUCUGUUUCUAUAUGUGUCUUUGUUUUCUUGUACAGGAAGAGAAAGACAGACAACUAGCAAAAGUUAAAGAGCAUGUAAUUCGAGUUCGAUAUGAAAAAACUCUUACCAUGACUGCAGACAUGCCUACAUCACCAGAAGAAGCAGGCUUUCUUCAAUUGUUAACUGAGGACGAAAAGAGCCUUGAUAUAAACGAGCGUAUGGCCGCAGCAGCACGGAGAAUGCAAGAGUCUUUUGUACAACAAGCUGAAGA